UCUGAGAAGGGGUGUCAGUUGGAAUGUAGAUUGCGAAGGAGAAGGUUUGGAGAGAAAGAGAGCAGGGAGAGGAAUUCACCGGAACCAUGACUGACAUGUUGCCAGUGAUGAGAAUUGGAGUUGUGGGAUAUGGACAUUUAGGGCAGUACCUUGUGGACCGGCUCCAGAGAGAAGGGGCCCAGGUGGGCCUGACACUGGUCUUUGUGUGGAACAGAAACACUGACAAACUCAGGGAAUCAGUGGCUGAGGAGCUCAUUCUACACAACCUCCCAGACUUUACAGACAGGGGUGCUGAUGUGAUUGUGGAGGUGUGUCAUCCCAAAAUUGUAAAAGACUUUGGAGUCCAGUUCCUCUCUAAGGCCCAUUUUCUGGUGGGCUCUCCUUCAGCCCUCUCAGACACACAGCUGAACCAGGAACUGCGCCAGGCUGCAGAGCAUCAUGGGAGGACCCUAUAUGUCCCCAGUGGUGCAUUGUGGGGAGGCCAGGAUAUCCUGAGACUCAAUGAUAGUGGAUCUUUAAAGGCACUGUUCAUCCGGAUGUCCAAGCACCCGUCAUGUUUCCGUCUGACAGGAGACGUGCUGUCUGAUUGGACAGAGGAUGAGGGGAGGCGGGUCUUAUUCAAUGGCUCCGUGGCAGAGCUCUGUCCCGUCGCCCCUAACAACGUCAACACCAUGGCGGCAGCGGCCAUCGCAGCGGGGACCCUGGGUUUCGCUGGCGUCCAGGGGGAGAUUGUGUCGGAUACGGCACUAAGUGAUUACCAUGUGGUGGAGGUGGAGGUUACUGGUUCCAAUGGCUUCUCUCCCUCUCCUAGACUAAGUGAUUACCAUGUGGUGGAUGUUACUAGGGCCAAUGGCUUCUCUCCCUCUCCUAGACUAAGUGAUUACCAUGUGGUGGAGGUUACUGGUGCCAAUGGCUUCUCUCCCUCUCCUAGACUAAGUGAUUACCAUGUGGUGGAGGUGGAGGUUACUGGUGCCAAUGGCUUCUCUCCCUCUCCUAGACUAAGUGAUUACCAUGUGGUGGAGGUGGAGGUUACUGGUGCCAAUGGCUUCUCUCCCUCUCCUAGACUAAGUGAUUACCAUGUGGUGGAGGUGGAGGUUACUGGUGCCAAUGGCUUCUCUCCCUCUCCUAGACUAAGUGAUUACCAUGUGGUGGAGGUUACUGGGGCCAAUGGCUUCUCUCCCUCUCCUAGACUAAGUGAUUACCAUGUGGUGGAGGUUACUGGGGCCAAUGACUUCUCUCCCUCUCCUAGACUAAGUGAUUACCAUGUGGUGGAGGUGGAGGUUACUGGUUCCAAUGGCUUCUCUCCCUCUCCUAGACUAAGUGAUUACCAUGUGGUGGAUGUUACUAGGGCCAAUGGCUUCUCUCCCUCUCCUAGACUAAGUGAUUACCAUGUGGUGGAGGUUACUGGUGCCAAUGGCUUCUCUCCCUCUCCUAGACUAAGUGAAUACCAUGUGGUGGAGGUUACUGGGGCCAAUGACUUCUCUCCCUCUCCUAGACUAAGUGAAUACCAUGUGGUGGAGGUGGAGGUUACUGGUGCCAAUGGCUUCUCUCCCUCUCCUAGACUAAGUGAAUACCAUGUGGUGGAGGUUACUGGUGCCAAUGGCUUCUCUCCCUCUCCUAGACUAAGUGAAUACCAUGUGGUGGAGGUGGAGGUUACUGGUGCCAAUGGCUUCUCUCCCUCUCCUAGACUAAGUGAAUACCAUGUGGUGGAGGUGGAGGUUACUGGUGCCAAUGGCUUCUCUCCCUCUCCUAGACUAAGUGAAUACCAUGUGGUGGAGGUGGAGGUUACUGGUGCCAAUGGCUUCUCUCCCUCUCCUAGACUAAGUGAAUACCAUGUGGUGGAGGUGGAGGUUACUGGUGCCAAUGGCUUCUCUCCCUCUCCUAGACUAAGUGAAUACCAUGUGGUGGAGGUGGAGGUUACUGGUGCCAAUGGCUUCUCUCCCUCUCCUAGACUAAGUGAUUACCAUGUGGUGGAGGUGGAGGUUACUGGUGCCGAUGGCUUCUCUCCCUCUCCUAGACUAAGUGAAUACCAUGUGGUGGAGGUGGAGGUUACUGGGGCCGAUGGCUUCUCUCCCUCUCCUAGACUAAGUGAAUACCAUGUGGUGGAGGUGGAGGUUACUGGUGCCAAUGACUUCUCUCCCUCUCCUAGACUAAGUGAUUACCAUGUGGUGGAGGUUACUGGGGCCAAUGACUUCUCUCCCUCUCCUAGACUAAGUGAUUACCAUGUGGUGGAGGUUACUGGGGCCAAUGACUUCUCUCCCUCUCCUAGACUAAGUGAUUACCAUGUGGUGGAGGUUACUGGGGCCAAUGACUUCUCUCCCUCUCCUAGACUAAGUGAUUACCAUGUGGUGGAGGUGGAGGUUACUGGUGCCAACAGCUUCUCUCCCUCUCCUAGACUAAGUGAAUACCAUGUGGUGGAGGUGGAGGUUACUGGUGCCGAUGGCUUCUCUCCCUCUCCUAGACUAAGUGAUUACCAUGUGGUGGAGGUUACUGGUGCCAAUGACUUCUCUCCCUCUCCUAGACUAAGUGAUUACCAUGUGGUGGAGGUUACUGGGGCCAAUGGCUUCUCUCCCUCUCCUAGACUAAGUGAAUACCAUGUGGUGGAGUUGGAGGUUACUGGUGCCAAUGGCUUCUCUCCCUCUCCUAGACUAAGUGAAUACCAUGUGGUGGAGGUGGAGGUUACUGGUGCCAAUGGCUUCUCUCCCUCUCCUAGACUAAGUGAAUACCAUGUGGUGGAGGUGGAGGUUACUGGUGCCAAUGGCUUCUCUCCCUCUCCUAGACUAAGUGAUUACCAUGUGGUGGAGGUGGAGGUUACUGGUGCCAAUGGCUUCACAGUGCAUACAGUGAGGAGGAACCCAGCCAAACUUGGAGCUGUAACUGGGAGUGCCACCUACAACUCCUUCUGGAGCAGCUUACUGGUGUGUAAGGGACAUGGAGGCCGGGUUUACUUGUGCUGAAGAGGGAGGGAUUUCAGAAGACAAUUCCCUCUACCAACCAAACACUCACAACACUAUGGUACUGAAACACACACUACACAACAUUACUGAAACACACACACACACACUACACAACACUAUGGUACUGAAACACACUACACAACAUUACGGUACUGAAGCAGACACUACACAACAUUACGGUACUGAAACAGACACUACACAACAUUACGGUACUGAAACAGACACUACACAACACUAUGGUACUGAAACAGACACUACACUAUGGAACUGAACAGUCUGCAGUGGCUGUGUCUGUAGUUACUGAUCAUGUGUGAGCAAAGUUCGGCUUGCUUCAUAUAUGGUGUGACUAUCAGUAUUACAAAGAUGGGCUUGCUUCAUAUAUGGUGUGACUAUCAGUAUUACAAAGAUGGGCUUGCUUCAUAUAUGGUGUGACUGUAUCAGGAUUGACAAAGAUGGGCUUGCUUCAUAUAUGGUGUGACUAUCAGUAUGACAAAGAUGGGCUUGCUUCAUAUAUGGUGUGACUAUCAGUAUUACAAAGAUGGGCUUGCUUCAUAUAUGGUGUGACUAUCAGUAUUACAAAGAUGGGCUUGCUUCAUAUAUGGUGUGACUAUCAGUAUUACAAAGAUGGGCUUGCUUCAUAUAUGGUGUGACUAUCAGUAUUACAAAGAUGGGCUUGCUUCAUAUAUGGUGUGACUAUCAGUAUUACAAAGAUGGGCUUGCUUCAUAUAUGGUGUGACUAUCAGUAUUACAAAGAUGGGCUUGCUUCAUAUAAUAUGUUGUGACUGUAUCAGGAUUGACAAAACAUUCUAGUUUGCAUCUACAAUUCUGGGGAAUCAAAUGUUGCACCUUCAUCCUACACAACAUCCUACUGCUGUAUCCCAGCAGCACUUCCCUCCUCUCUACAAAUUAAAACAUGCCUUUGUGAAGUAACAAGUUAAAUGAGCAACUCUCUCAGGGUGAUGGCAGGCACCACAUUCAUUAGCUAUCGUCUAGCAACAACCCACAUCUUUUACAGCUCUUAUGCAGUUACAUCCACUACUGAGCUGUAAUACAUGUUAACAGUAAUGUAUGAUGAUCUUUAUGCCUUGACACCACACACACCAUUGUGACCUUAAAACUAGAAGGUUCUAUCUGCAAAAAUAAGGUUCUGAAGCCUAAUUGGUUUGAAUGAAUGAAUUUUCUUGUAUUAUUUUGAACUUAACAUGAAUUGAGUUAUGUAGUACUCUAUGUAGAGAACAUUGUACAGAACAAGGAAUAACCAAAUGUCAAUAAAAUGUGCAGAUAGAAGCUUAUAGUUUCAAGCUCUCACAGUAUUUCCUGUUGUAGUAAAAACCCAACAAAAGAGAA